GGCAGCGGUGAGCGCCUGGGUUCGGGAACAUGGACUGCGCCCGCCUCUGGCUAGGGCUGUUGCUGCCUGUGGUAGCUGCGCUGGACUUCAACUACCACCACCAGCCAGAGAUGGAAGCGUUCCUGAAGAGUAUUAACCAAAACUACAGUUCUAUCACUCACUUACACAGUAUCGGGAAAUCUGUGGAAGGCAGAAACCUGUGGGUUCUUAUUGUGGGACGCUUUCCAAAGGAACACAGAAUCGGGAUUCCAGAAUUCAAAUACGUGGCAAAUAUGCAUGGAGAUGAGGCUGUAGGGCGGGAAAUGCUGCUCCAUUUAAUCGAAUAUCUCGUAACCAGUGAUGGAAGAGACCCUGAAAUCACAAAUCUAAUUAAUAGUACCCGGAUACACAUCAUGCCUUCAAUGAACCCAGAUGGAUUCGAAGCUGUUCUAAAGCCUGACUGUUUUUACAAUAAGGGAAGGGAUAAUAGUAACUUCUAUGACCUGAAUAGAAAUUUCCCCGAUGCUUUUGAAUUUAAUAAUGUACCAAGGCAGCCUGAAACUGUGGCAGUCAUGAAGUGGCUGAAUACAGAGACAUUUGUCCUUUCUGCAAAUCUCCACGGUGGUGCCCUGGUGGCCAGUUACCCAUUUGAUAAUGGUGUUCCAGCCACUGGAACAUUAUACUCUCGGAGCUUAACCCCUGAUGAUGAUGUUUUUCAAUAUCUUGCACGUACCUAUGCUUCAAGAAAUCCCGACAUGAGGAAAAGAAAUCCAUGUAGAACUAAAAUAGAGUUUCCUGGUGGAAUUGUAAAUGGAUACUUUUGGUAUCCACUCAGAGGUGGAAUGCAAGAUUACAACUACAUCUGGGCCCAGUGUUUUGAAAUUACGUUGGAGCUGUCAUGCUGUAAAUAUCCUCGCAAGGAGAAGCUUCCAAGCUUCUGGAACGAAAACAAAGACUCACUGAUUGACUAUAUAAAACAGGUGCACAUAGGUGUAAAGGGUCAAAUUUUUGAUCAGAAUGGGACUCCAUUACCCAAUGUAACUGUAGAAGUCCAAGACAGAAAACAUGUCUGCCCCUAUAGAACCAACAAAUUUGGAGAGUAUUACCUCCUUCUCUUGCCUGGGUUCUAUGUAAUAGAGGUUACAGUCCCUGGACACAAUCCACAUCUCACAAAGGUGACUAUUCCCCCAAAAUCCCAGAACUUCAGUGCUCUUAAAAAGGAUAUUUUACUUCCAUUCAGAGGGCAAUUGGAUCAUAUCCCAGAAUCAGGUCCUUUAUGUCCUAUAAUUCCUCUUUACAGAGAUUUGAAAGGCCACUCAGCUGCAACAAAGCCCACUCUGUUCUUAUUUUUAGUGACUCUUUUUCACAUAUUGUUCAAAUAAAGCAAAAUGUGAAACUCAACCCCCAUCACCACCUGGAAUCAGGGCUUACUCACGCCAGGUUACUGCAACUCUAACUCCCUCUGUGGGACCUUGACUGGAUAAACUCCACGGUCCUUCCCUAAGAAGAGAAAUGUUUGUUUCCAAAUCCUGCAACAAGCAACAUAUGGUGAUAAUGAAAGGAAUGAUUUUGUCUUAAUGAUGGAAGACACCUACCCAUCAAGUACUGCUCACUUACACUUAAUCUUGAAGUAGUCUUAGAAAUUUGUAAGAAGUUAAACUUGAGAAGCAUGACAGAAGUUCCUGCAAGAAAAAAAAGGAGGUAAUUUUGUAUACAGAGAGCGAUUUGAAUAUAAGCAAUGAAGAUGAACAUUUAUUGAUCACCUACUAUAUACAAGACCUUGCCAUGUGUACUGUAUGUGAAGAGAUAGUGCCAUAUAUAAUUUUCAGUGCAGGGAAAAAUGAUUGAUAGGAGUGGGAAUAUUAAGUUUUACCAACGUUCUAAGGAAAUAUGAGAGAAAACAGGCAACCACGUCUCAGUGGCCCAAGAAAAUAUGGACCUGACGGGAUGACAAAUUUGUCUGCAGAGCCCCAAAAUACUAGGUCAAUUAAAGUAAGGGUCCCUGCCUUUCUGCAACCAGAUGCCACAGUCUUCUGUUAUGCUGAUGACCCCCAAAUGCCUGAGCUUCAGACUCAGGUCUGACUGCUCACUGGACACAUCUACCUGGAUGUGACCCAUAGAUACCUCAAACUCAUCAUGUUGAAAAAUUGAACAUACUUCUCUCCCCAGAGCUGCUCUUCCUCCUGCAUUCUCUGUCUCAGUUACUGAUAGCACCAAACUAGAAACCUGGGAGUCACCCUGGAUACCACCUCCUCCUCCUCCAUCCAUCUAUUCAGUCAGUCACUAAAGAUUGAUGUUAUUUGUAUGUGUUGACUGAUUCUACCCUCUCUUCAUGGCUACUAACACCACCAGGUUUAGGCCAUCAUAGCUCACCUGUACCACGGCAACAGCUCUACUGGUCUCUUGCUUCCAGCUUUCUCCUCUUCAAAUCCAACCUCCACACAGCACUGGGGAAAGGGGUCUAUUUAAAACAAAAAUCAGCAAUCAACUGCUUGUAGUUCCUACACACAUAACACGCUCUGUGUCCCCUGUGUCUGCAAUGCCAUUCUGACCCACUACAUUUUCUUUCCCACUCCUCCUUUAAAACCCAGUUCAGGUUGUUUAAUGGGUACAGAGUUUCUGUUUGUCAUAAUGAGAAAGUUCUGGAAAUAGUGAUGAUGGUUGUACAACAUUGUGAAGUAUUUAAUGCCACUGAAUUGUAUACUCAAAACUGGUUAAAAUUGUAAAUUUUAUGUUAAGUAUAUUAUACCACAAUAAAAAAAGAGGAUAGUGACUAUUAAAUAUUAAAAUAAUGCUUCAUUAGGUGCUUUGUAAUAAUGUACUCUACAAAGUGAAGGCUCCAAGGCAUACAUGCUGUGUAAAUUACAUAUCUUACUGAGGUGAAACUCCAACAGAAACAAAGACUAGUCUGUUAAAGAGUAAACAAGUAAAAUAUAAAGAUCAAUGAUGAUUCCCUUAAAAAAAAAAAAACAGGUAUCAACUCCUCUGGGAAACCUUUGCAGACCAUUGUCCCUUUCCACUCAGUUUCACCCCCUCCCAGUCAAUCUGGGGGCCCUGCCUCUUUGCUCCGCAAAUUAAACAGGUUACCUCUGUUGUGGGAUUUAUAACACUGCAUUAUGCUCUUCUAUUUCCAUGAGUGAUUUUCUCUGGCAGAGUGUGAGGUCUCUGAGACCAGGGUCUAUUUAAUUUGUUUGAAAAACUUAUUCUAAACCCUAUUACAUGGUGAGACCUGAAUGAAUGAAUGAAUCAAGUGCUCCAGCAAACUGCUGCUCUUAAAACAUUAUAUGCAAGAAUAUGGGGAGGUGGGGAUAUCAAACAGCAGACCAGCAACUCUGGGGAGCAGGUUUCUGAGUGCUGUGUAUCGCUCAUGAAAGUGAGUUGCCUUGGCUCUUAUUUUAAAUUGAAAGUCCUAUAGGGUCUGGAAACAGAAACUAUACUGGGCUUGGUACCUGCUUGAGACCCACAAGUGAAAGGGAGAUACAUGGGCAUUUAGGAGCUAUUCCUAUGCCAGUUUAUUCUACAUGCACAAAAUCAUACAUGUUAAUAUCAGCAAUAUUUGUAGACCUCUUUUAAAUCUGGUAAUAACCUAAAUAUCUUGAUCAUUUUUAUUUAA